AUGGAUUCUACGGUAUAUUCUAGGAUCAGUGAGUUGGAAGUCAACUUUGCAAUCUAUAGUUGCUUUAUCCACUACACGGCGGCAGCAAAGGACCGUGUGGGCGUUCGUUGUGACAACCAGAGUGCUAUUCAUUUAGCAAAGAAUCAAAAAAUUGGGACCAAUGAUAAUGCUGCAGAUAUGUUGACGAAGACAGUUAGUUUACUCAAGUUUAAGCAGCUUAAACUUGAUUGGUGA